AUGUCGGGAGCGUGGGAGCGAGUUUAUGCUAAACAGGUCAUUGUACUCCCGUUCCAUUCCGCUUCGGAAGAUCUGUGUGUCGAGAGCAUCACAUCCCCAGUCCCCAAGCCGCCAAGCACGAUGGCGCUCCAGCGAUGGACGAUACUUCUCUCGAUCACACAUCUUAUCGCGUGUACGGAGCAUUAUCUGUUACCGGAGUUACCUCCGGGAGAGGCUCCUGAGCCCAUUUUGACGUUCAUGGAGAAGACGUACCAGAGCAGUCGCAUCAGGACGGGAUUCGACGCGGGGGAACCAUUGCUCCUGACGCCUUAUAUAGAAGAGAAGAGGCUGGUCGAAGCGAGAAAGGCAGCCUUUGUAGACCCCGGGUAUACGUUGCCCGACGUGGAAAGUUACGCGGGAUAUUUAACUGUGAACAAGGAGUAUAACUCGAACCUCUGGUUCUGGUACUUCCCGGUAGCUGAUAAGCCGGUCGAGGAAACGCCCUGGAUCAUCUGGCUGCAAGGGGGACCAGGAGCCUCCUCCCUUUUUGGGCUUUUCACGGAAAUAGGACCGUUUUACGUUUCAGAGAAUGACAGCCUACAAGAGAUGAAAUACUCAUGGGGAAAGAAUCACUCGCUGCUGUUCAUCGACAACCCAGUGGGCACGGGAUUCAGUUUCACAGACGACGACCGCGGCUACGCCACCAAUCAGACAACGAUCGGUGAGAACCUGUACACUGCACUGCAACAGUUCCUGACUCUGUUCCCCGAGCUGCGGAAGGCCCCAUUGACUUUGGCGGGAGAGUCGUACGCGGGAAAGCAUAUACCGUCGCUGGCCGUACAAAUCCACUGGCAUCGCGAGGAGAGCGAACCAAUCAACCUGCAGAGCCUCGCGAUCGGCAACGGAUUCAUCGACCCGCUGACGCUGCAGAGAUACAGUUUCUUCGCGCGGGAGGUCGGGCUGCUCGACGACAAAGUGGCAGACGCCAUGAACCAUCUCGAAACAGCCGUCACCCAGUUCAUCAACAACGGGGAGAUGCUCAAAGCAUACGCGUACUACAACUACCUUCUCCAGUUGUUCAUUUCGGAAUCGCGGUUGAGCAAUCUGUACAAUUAUUUACAAGAUGACAUUAGCCUGGACGGAGGCUAUGUGGACUUUAUCCAGCGAGACGAUGUGCGGAGAGCGCUGCACGUCGGCAACACCAAUUUCACGUCAAUAGGCGUCGUUUAUAGAAAGUUGGUGCUGGAUUUCAUGGGCAGCGCGAAACAUUGGCUGGAGGAGCUUUUGGAGAAUUACAGAGUUAUGAUCUACAAUGGUCACUUGGACAUCAUCGUGGCCUACCAUCCGUCGGUAAACACGUACAACUCACUCGCGUUUACCGGCUCUACUGACUUCAAGAUGGCGAAGAGAAUGCCUUGGAGGCACGAUGGCAGGGUUGUAGGUUAUUAUAAGCGCGCUGGCAAUCUGACCGAGGUGAUGGUACGCGGGGCGGGCCACAUGGUGCCGUCCGACAAGCCGGCGGCGGCGUUGGGCCUCAUCUCCGCGUUCGUGCGUGGCAUUGGGCUAGACAAAGACACCGCCGCGCUGCUCGACGAAAAAAACUCUCUG